UGCUAGAUUUCAUUGCAAGGGAGAAGAGUCUCUUCAACCUCUUCUGCAGGCAAAAUAUUCGGCAUUCCUUUUAAAAGAGAGGGGACAUGGGGAGUGGGACAGUUGAGCAAGUGGGCUCAUUGAAGAAGGCUAACCCUGGCAAAGCCACGAUUCUGGCUCUGGGCAAGGCCUUCCCUCAUCAGCUUGUCAUGCAAGAGUUUCUGGUUGAUGGGUAUUUCAGGAACACAAACUGUGAUGAUCCAGACCUCAAGGAGAAGCUAGCUAGACUCUGCAAGACAACGACAGUUAAAACAAGGUAUGUGGUCAUGUCAGAAGAGAUCCUAAGGAAGUACCCAGAGCUUGUCAUUGAGGGCCAACCGACGGUAAAGCAGCGAUUAGAUAUAUGCAACAAGGCUGUCACACAGAUGGCAAUAGACGCUUCAAAAGCUUGCAUCAAGAAAUGGGGCAGGUCUGUUUCAGAGAUAACUCACUUGGUCUAUGUGUCCUCAAGUGAGGCCCGGCUGCCAGGGGGUGACCUCUACCUAGCAAAAGGACUAGGGCUGAGCCCUGAGACUCAUCGGGUCCAGCUCUACUUCAUGGGCUGCUCAGGAGGUGUGGCUGGCCUCCGUGUUGCAAAAGACAUUGCUGAGAACAAUCCUGAGAGUCGAGUUCUGCUUGCCACUUCAGAAACUACUAUUAUUGGGUUCAAACCACCAAGUGCAGACCGUCCAUAUGAUCUAGUAGGGGUUGCACUCUUUGGGGAUGGAGCUGGAGCCAUGAUAAUAGGCUCUGACCCAAUUCCAAGCACUGAAAGGCCUCUCUUUGAGCUCCACACAGCCAUCCAGAAUUUCUUGCCAGACACUGAGAAGACCAUUGAUGGGCGACUCACGGAAGAAGGGAUUAGCUUCAAGCUAGCAAGGGAACUCCCUCAGAUAAUUGAAGAUCACAUCGAGGCAUUCUGUGAUAAACUGAUUCGAAAUGUUGGAUUUUCUGAUGAAGACUACAACAAGAUCUUCUGGGCAGUCCAUCCAGGCGGGCCUGCAAUCUUGAAUAGGAUGGAAAAGAGGCUUGACUUGCUGCCAGAGAAGCUGAAUGCUAGUAGGCGAGCACUGGCAGACUACGGAAAUGCUAGCAGCAAUACCAUUGUGUAUGUGCUGGAGUACAUGUUAGAAGAGAGCUCAAAGACGAAGAGGCAAGACCAGGGAGAUGGUGAGUGGGGAUUGAUUCUGGCUUUUGGUCCCGGGAUUACCUUCGAGGGAAUCCUUGCAAGGAACCUCACUGUCUAAGAAUAAUCUCCUGCUUUACACCUCUCACAAUUUAGUCUUCUACUAGCAUACUACCAUUCUCAUCCAAGACCUAUGCUUGGAUUUUUUUUCUGUCCAAACGCCCCUUUUUUUUUUUUACACAAAUUGCAAUCAAUUAAUCCAGAAUGAAAGUUCUUUUCAUGUCUUCAGAGGAAUCGAAACGGGAAAUUCUAAACUCGAAGCUCGUUUCAUUCUC